AUCGUGCCGGCCUUUAUAAGGGUCAACCUGGGGGACAGGGGGGUCGCGAAACGCGUGAGCGGGCGAAACCUCGGCCAUCAAUGCCAAUUCCUCUCCCUCUUCCUCUCUGCCCCCCCUCGGCCUAGCCCAGAUAACCAGAGAGACAGAGGCAGAGGUGGCGUUGGCCGCCCUCUGUGGCUACAUAAGGCGCUGGGCCCGGUGCGGCCUGAGAGCUUGAGCGCAUAGCUCCGGCGCUUAGAGUGCGAGAGAGAGGGGGAGAGGAGCUUUGGUCUCCUGGGCUAGAAGGGUGGGUUGGGGAGGAUGAGUUUGCCUGGUACCCGAACCCGCGUGGGGAAAUAUGAGCUUGGGAGAACCCUUGGGGAGGGCAGCUUUGCGAAGGUGAAGUUCGCGAGGAAUGUAGAUACAGGGGAUUGUGUGGCCAUUAAGGUUGUUGACAAGGAACAGGUGCUCAAGCAUAAGAUGGUUGAGCAGAUAAAACGAGAAAUUUCUACCAUGAAGUUGAUCAAGCAUCCAAAUGUUGUUCAACUCUUUGAGGUCAUGGCAAGCAAAACAAAGAUAUACAUUGUGAUUGAAUUCGUUGAAGGAGGGGAACUUUUUGACAAAAUAGCAAACCAUGGGAGACUUAAGGAAGAUGAAGCAAGGAGAUACUUUCAGCAGCUUAUCAAUGCUGUGGAUUACUGCCAUAGCAGAGGGGUGUACCAUAGAGAUUUGAAACCUGAGAAUCUACUUCUUGAUUCAUUUGGGGUUCUUAAAGUUUCAGACUUUGGAUUGAGUGCAUUAUCUCAGCAAGUCCGGGAGGAUGGGUUGCUACAUACUGCAUGUGGAACCCCAAAUUAUGUUGCUCCUGAGGUGUUGAAUGAUAAAGGUUAUGAUGGCACAACAGCUGAUAUUUGGUCUUGUGGUGUUAUUCUUUUUGUGCUUAUGGCUGGAUACUUGCCAUUUGAUGAGCCGAACCUCAUGACAUUGUACAGAAAAAUAUACAAGGCAGAGUUCACAUGCCCUUCGUGGUUUUCUUCGAGUGCUAAGAACUUGAUUAAAUGUAUUCUUGACCCUAAUCCUGCAACUCGCAUAACAAUUCCUGAGAUUUUAGAGAAUGAAUGGUUUCGCAAGGACUAUAGGGCACCAGAUUUUGAGCAAGGAGAAGGAGUAACCCUUGAUGAUGUUGAUGCUGUUUUUAAUGGCUCAAAGGAAUAUCUUGUGACAGAGAAGAAAGAGAAACAACCAGAAUCUAUGAAUGCAUUUGAGCUUAUUUCCAGAUCACAGGGGUUUAAUCUCGGGAACCUGUUUGAAAAACAAAUGGGACUUGUGAAGCGAGAGACACGGUUUACAUCCCAACGCCCUGCAAAUGAGAUAGUCUCUAAGAUUGAGGAAACUGCUAAACCUCUUGGUUUCAAUGUACGCAAGCAAAAUUAUAAGAUGAAGUUGCAAGGUGACAAGACUGGAAGGAAGGGUCAUUUGUCAGUGGCGACGGAGGUAUUUGAGGUUGCUCCUUCACUUUUCAUGGUUGAGCUUCGUAAAACAGGAGGCGACACAUUGGAGUUUCACAAGUUUUACAAAAGUUUUUCGUCGGGGUUGAAAGAUAUUGUCUGGAAAUCUGAGGCCAACACAGAAGAAACAAAGGAGGAGCAGGUUAUAGGAUGACGUUGUAGCUGAAGAUGCCUUCACCAGGUGCAUGAUUGCAAUUCCAUUCUUGCGUGCUAUUUAUUUCCCUUUGCCCAUCUUUCUAUUGAUCCUAAGAAUAGGGACACCAUGCAAUGAACCCUUUUAAGAUUUAUUUGGUGGCAGAAGGCUUUGUUAAAAUCUGCUUAAAUGAGCAAGUAUAGGAUUGUCUGGGCAAGGAAAAUUUGUUAAUUUCUUACCAGAUAUAUAUCUUUUUUCGCCCCGCCUCUUUUGUUGAGCCGUUUAUAAGGCACUCUAUUUUGUGCAAAAAGGAAAUAAAUGUAUCAAUUCAUUCCAAGUUUCAUAUUCGUUUCCCG